GGAAAAACAUUUAUCCUGAAUAAAGGGAAAAUUUUUUGCUUCGCGGACGCGAAAUUGGACGUGGAUUUCUGACAAUUUUGGAUAAGUUUUGGUUUUUGAACGAAAAUAAUCCACUCUUCUGAACAAAUUGUACCGUAAUCAUGUCAAAGGUCACAUUCAAGAUUACGCUUACAUCAGACCCAAAACUACCUUUUAAAGUUUUAAGUGUGCCUGAAAAUACCCCUUUUACUGCUGUACUGAAAUUUGCUGCUGAAGAGUUCAAAGUUACUCCUGAGACAAGUGCAAUUAUAACAGAUGGUGGCAUAGGAAUAAAUCCUUCUCAAACUGCUGGUGAUGUGUUUUUAAAGUAUGGGUCUGAGUUAAGGUUGAUUCCUAGAGACAGAGUAGGAAAAUAACAUUCCAAGACAGAAUAGUUGCUUUUGUGUACAUAAAAAUAUUUAAUAUAUAUAAAGAUUUUUUAAUGAACUUCUGAAAAUGUUUAAUUCAGUUUUUUUCAUUUAUUGACUUCAAGUUUUAAAACUAAGUGCUAUAAAAAGUAUUUAUCAAAUUAUCUUUAAAGUAAAAGUUCGUCAAAUAUAUUGACGGGAGACUUCCCUGUAUAAGAUGUAAUUGCUCAUGUUUUGCAGUAUUAUUUGUAAGAUUAAAAAACAUUAUUUAUGUCUAUCA